CCAAUAUGUGUUUAUUUCUGUGUAUAGUAAACACUUUUCAAGUUUGAUUUGAUUUUAUGAAGUGUUUAAUUAGAUAAAUAAGUUUAGGGGUUAUGUUUAGGGUGUGGACGACUUAUAUUUCGGUCGUCUGUUGAAUAAUUUACACGGACGACGUAUAUUUCAGUCGUCCACAUCGUACCGAACCUUUAAUUUUACCAAUGUACGUUUUAACCUAACCGGAUCAUUUACCGGACAUAUAAAAGCUAUUUUUUUCACUGUUUCACAAUUUUACGAAACCCUAGCGCCGUUUCUCUCCAACGGCGAUUUCGAAGGCGAUAAGACGAAAACCCUACCGUGGUCGUGUUCCGCCGUUAUCUUCGCCGGUAAUCUCUCCGAUUACGACGAAUCUCGUUUCUCCUUCAUGCCGUAGAGUAUUUUCGUAGUUUAAACUGACCGUCCGCUUCUUUUUUUCAGAUCUGAAAUCUCGUUUGCCAAACUCCGCCGCCGGUAUGUUAUUUCUCAUGUAUUAAGGCGUUUAGCCGCCGGAAAAACCCUAAAUAUUUUAGUAUUGAUUCUUCUUUUCCCUUCGAUUUGCAGAUCUGUAACGGCUUGGGGCCACAUCUUCUCCGACCAUAUCUUCUCGGACAAUAUAUUCUCCAACUGUAAGUCAUUCGUCUUUUGUUUAAAAGAUUUUGAGAUUGUUGUAGUCUUUUGCUGAAAGAUUACCCAGACGACUUCCAGGAAGUGAGAAGACUACUCAGACGACUUCCAGGAAGUGAGAAGACUACUUGGACGACUUCCAGGAAGUCUUCUACUAUGUCUUACUCUCUGGACGACUUACAUGUAAGUCGUCCAGAGAGUAAGACAUAGUAGAAGACUUCCUGGAAGUCGUCCAAGUAGUCUUCUCACUUCCUGGAAGUCGUCUGAGUAGUCUUCUCACUUCCUGGAAGUCGUCUGGAAGUCUUCUAUAGCAUUUAGCAUAGUGCGCAACCUAUGUGUUUGAGAUGGUUGUUUGUGAUUAUUUGCAGGCCUUUAAAUGGAUUUACCAGAAUUCCCGCCGAGGAUGUUUACAUUAGGAGAAGAGCCUGAUGCAAUCAGGAGCAUUUCGUAUCAUUCUGAUGACACGAAGUUGUUUAAAGCUCUAUGUGAUUGUCUCACAGCUGACGAAUAUGAGGAUCUGAAGGCGUCGAAGUUAGGAGUGUUCAUCAAAUUCAAGGAGCUUGACUUUGGUUGGACUUCAAGGCUGGUACAUUUUAUGCUCUCUUUCCAGCUAGACAUCAAGAAGAAGUUUGAGCUCUGGAGUCUUGUCGUUUCACAACCUGUGAGGUUUUCACUGAUAGAGUUUGAAUACCUCACUGGGCUGAACUGCGAUUACAUCAAGGACCUGGAAAAUCCAAGGUGUGAGGUUACGACGGAGAUGGCUGCUUUCUGGGAGAAGAUGGGUGUUGAUAUCGAUACUGGGCCAAGUAUUGAUCAGAUAACAGAAGCAUUUUACAACUGCGACGAGUGGUCUCGGGAUGAUCGCAUGCGGCUGGGAUACCUUGCCAUCUACGCAGGGUACAUCGAAGGGAAAAAGUUCUCAUCCGCUACAUCAGCUAGUCUUGCAAGGCUAGUGAUGGAUUUAGAAAAAUUUGAGAAUUAUCCAUGGGGGAGAGUGGCGUUUAAGGUGCUGAUGGAUUCUCUGAAGGCAAAAGACUUGACGCAAACUGGUUACACUGUUGAUGGGUUCAUACAAGUGCUCCAAGUGUGGGCGUACUAUGCUCUGCCAGAAUUGGGUGCUAAUUAUGGGUCUCCCGUACCAAACAGACCGUCUCCACUGUUGCUGGCUUACAAGGGUGGCAAAAGACAACGCAAAUUUUUUAAGGCUGCUAUCAAUAAACAGACUAUCGUGAAGAACUUCGUUCAGAAGGAUUUUGAUGAAAUGUUUCCAAAAUGGGACGGAGACGUAGAUGACCCUGCCGCGGAUAACAUAAUUAAAGUCAUGUUUAAUGAUCCUGGAUGGGAGUGGACCAUGGAAUGCUGGCCAGUCACCGGUACUCGCAAGGUUGUGAAGAUGGAAGUGAUUCCAGUGAAGAAUGAAGUGAGUCCCGUGAAGUCAGAGAGUGUUGUGAAGGAAGAAAGUAGCAGACCUCGGAAGAAAGCUCGUAAAGGGUCUUCUGUUUCUGCUGAGAAACCUGCGGCGGGUAGUGAAGGUCAGCAGAUUGAAAAGACCUUGAAGGACAUAUCUGAUGCCAUUAAUCUUGGCUUUGGGACGUGUCUUAAGGAGCUCAAGUUACUGGCGGAUAGGAUUGAAGCUGUGGAGAAGAAGGUGGGAAUCACCAACAGAGGGGGUUCAUCUGAUGAUCGUCAACUUACAACCACUUCAAAUCCACCAAAACCUGUUGACGAACCCGGGGUUAGUACCAAAACCUCUCCCAAAAUUGCAGAGAAGAGAGUCACUAGGCAAUGUGUUAGGAAGAGUCAGGACAGUGAAAGUGUGAAUGGGGCGAAAGCAGGACAGAAGGAAGCCAAAGAACCGAGUCUUACUACAGAACCGAGUUCCUCGAGAGAGCUCUGUCUUGUGAGUCCUGCAGACGACUUACCGAGUGAAGAUCCUAGCCUUCUUAUAUUGGACAAACAAGUUUCGACCGCUUCAGAUUUACUCGUUGAAGAAGCUAGAAGGCAGACAAAGAAGGAGACUGCUUUGGUGAAUCUCCGUAAAAAAAGUGUGCGAGAAAGGAAGCUUGCUCCCACACAGCAAACUCCUUUUAAGGGAAACAGCACUGCCAAACAGAUCAUUCCAAACAAACAGGUUGGCGGAGGCUAUGAUCCUUUUGCACCCAUUGACAAGAUGAAGUCGAAGGAGCUCACUGCAUGGGUGCAAAAAGAUCCUGUAUUGUUUUAUAUGCAGCAAAUGGAUGCUUUUAUUAAUGUACUGAGGCAACGGUACCAAAACCAUCCAGAACAUUUCACGAGCGACAGAAUGUGCUUUCUUGAUCAUAUCUUUUCUCGGCAGUGGAGGGCCUCCUACCCUGAUUUUAAGAGCGACGCUCCUGAUGCCAACGGUUUAGGAAGAAGACUCCCUGGUGGGGCGUGGAAUUAUCAUGCAGGCUUGAUACCUUCUUUUUGCCAAUCUAAGAAGGUUUGGGGGGUGGAUGUGGAUGAUAUCUAUGCACCUGUGAACUUCAAGAACGAGCAUUGGAUUGCUAUAUGGAUAUCGAUCCCUAAGAGGCACAUCGUCGUCUGGGACAGCAUUGUCUCUCAUAUUAGGCCUGCAGAACUCGAUGAGGUAAUGGAGCCUUUUGUCACAAUGGUCCCUUAUCUGCUUGUUGAGUGCGCGCUCUCUGACGAACAAAAGGUUCAAUACACAUUGGAGCCAUACACAUAUGCGAGACAAACCGUUGGAGUACCUCAGUGCCGAGCUGGUGAUUGUGGGGUUUUCACUCUGAAGUACAUCGAAUGUCAUGCUCUUGGGAUAGAAUUUCCCACCGCGUUUGACAAAAAACACGGGAAGACCAUCAGGGAGAAGAUGGCGCUGGAUAUAUUUCGAGAGCUUCCUAAGUGCCAUGAAUGGGAAAACCAAGACAAUGAUGAGAACCUGGCAACGUAUGAUUAGAUAUUGGAUGUGUUAUUGCGAUUGUAUUUGAACUUGAUGCUUUUGUGUACUGUUGUUAGGUAGAUUAGGGGAUGUUAACAGGGUCAGGAUAGGAUGAUGUUUUUUGUAACCUAUCCUCACACCAAACUAGAAUUCCGUAGGAAAUUAGUUUGGUAGUGCAGUAACCUUUCGGAAUAUGUAAUGUUUAACUUGUAUUUUUUAAAUUGCACUGUUGGAAUUAGUUUCGGAAUAUGUAAUGCUUAACAUAGAAGGUCUACAAAGAAAAGUUCAUAAAACAUAUAAAUUCAUAACAUAGAGUCUACAGAGAAGUUCAUAAAACAUAGAAAAUCAUUGGACGACUUACUUAAAGGUCUUCUGGACGACUACAGAGAAGUUCAUAAAACAUAGAAAAUCAUUGGACGACUUACUUAAAGGUCUUCUGGACGACUACAGAGAAGUUCAUAAAACAUAGAAAAUCAUUGGACGACU